AGCAGUGCAGCAGCCCCGCUGAUAGGGUUUCACUCUCUCUGGGCCAAAGAGGAGGGCAGGCAUUACAAUACAAACCGUGGGACACAGAUCUACCUGGGAAUCUAUAUUCCUCUUCCUUCAACACAUACCUUUUCAGGGAACCUCUGGGACCUGUGUCUUCCUGCGGACACCUGGGCCUUAGCAAUGCCUCUCACUACUCCUGACCCUUCUAACAAAAGGAAGAAGGCUGACAAGAUCAUCACCGACCUGUCCAACAUCAGCCAGAAUGACGACGAAACCGACCCUGAGGCAUCCGAGUUCGACCUGGGCACCAAGAUCAAGACGCCCAAGGACUUGAUGCUGGAGGAGCUCUCCCUGCUCUCCAACAAGGGCUCCAAGAUGUUCAGGAUGAGGCAGCAAAGAGUCGACAAGUUCAUUGUGACCAACCUGAACCUGCAGAACCUCGAGAACCUGCUGAUGUCCCCUCCCCCUGUCCCACCAAAACCUGAGAUGCCGAAAGUAGAAGUGGUGGAGGAGUUGGUGGAUAAUGAGGCGGAUAAGGAGGAGAGGAGGAAGGAGUAUGUACGCACCUAUGUAUCACCAUGGGAACGGGCCAUGAAGGGCAACGAGGAGCUGACGUCCACCAUGAAGGCCAGCAUGCCGGGACCCAUCCAGAUCCACNNNNUUUGUCCCUUUUUCUCUCCCAGGACGGCGCUGCCAUUUAGCGGCAACGACAAGGCGUCCAAGAUGCUGGCCUUCGAGAUCCCGGAGAUCAGCGUUGCACCCGAGGAGUUGGAGCCACUUUCCUCCCUGCAGGCUGACAUCCGCUCAAGGCCCUCAUUCAACCGCACGCCCAUCGGCUGGGUGUGCAGCGAGGACAACUCAACCAUCCACAUGGAUGUGGACAACAUGCCCUUUGAUGGAGAGACGGAUGACCUGUGAACACAUGUGCAGACAGAAGCAUGAUUACAGUACAUGUAGCCUGAAAAACCAAGUACAAGUACAUGCACUAUAGGACUCACAAACAUACUUUCAUGAAGAACAGAUCCUCAUAUAUGUGCAUAUAUGAGAGGCAUUGAGCAGAUGAUAAUUCUUGACACACAAACUGACAACAUGAGCACUGGUAGAACUGCUGAAGAAAAACAGAAAAUGAGCAAAUAAUAUUCAAAACUGACUUGAUGGAAGAGGACAAAGAGUCUCCUCGGUCUCCUGUGUACUAUGUGAUUUUGCAAACUGUGGUAAGUUAAUGUGAGACCUGUUUGAACAGAAACAGAUAAGCACCCUGCACUCUUGAAAAAAAUGUACUUAUGCAAUAAAGCUCCCCUUUACAGAACAUCUGA